UGUAAAACGAACAAACGAACUCGCUCCUCACCUUUGUUUGGGAGGUAUUCGUGGUUGUCCACCUCUACAUCCCAUUCUCCUUUCUUCUUUCCUAUCUCCCCCUUCCUCAUAAUCUUUCUUCCUCCUCUCCCCAAACCAAUCUACCAGAAAAUGACCCUAUUCAUGUCGUACUCUCUUGGAGGCGACCCAUUUUCUUUCUCCUCCUAGCUAUAUUUCUUGCUUUCCCAUGCUGUUCUGCAUGCAUGCUUUUUAUCUAGUAUUUUCCAUUCAUAUUUGAAGCCAAUUUCUGGGUUUCUAUCAUCUCUGCAAUUCCUGCCCCUUUACAAGGUUUGGGUAAUUAAAUGCCCAUUUGAUUCUGGGCUUUUGAUAGGCAGAGCAGAUUCUUCAAUCUGCAAUCUCUUCAACCAAGAUGAAGGGGACUUUCAAAGCUGGAUUCAAAUAUAUCUCUAGUAUUUUUGUAGUGAAGGAGGAGCCGGAGAUUGAGAUUGAGAUUGGAGGGCCAACAGAUGUUAAGCAUGUUGCACAUAUUGGGUGGGAAAGCCAAGCUGAUAGUGCACCUACUUGGAUGAAUGGAUUCAAGGCAGGGCCUGAUCGCACUGUGCCAUCAACUACUAGUUCUGCUUCCGGACUUUCUCCGUGGUCCUCUCAAGAAUCUGUGCAAUCAGGACCAGAGUUUUGCAAUGAAGGGUCACACCCGACAGAGGCUCCUUCUGAAGCUCCCAAGAAACCGAAACGAAAGAAACUCAAGUCGAGUGCUUCCACUGCAUCGAGGUCAUCAGCCCGCCCAACCAAACCGAGGACAAAGUUAGGCAACAAUGAUACUACCAAACCGAUGAAAGUAGAAGUGGCCACAUAUUAACAAGCUACAGAUCGACUUGGAUAGCUCCACACGAAUAAACGUAUGUUCUAAACAUGUUUCACUAACUUUCUCGAAACUCCUUCACACAAAAAAUCUUGGAAGAGACGGAGAGCAGAGAGGCGUAGAACUGUAUAAAUCAAGAGGGGAGCAGGGGGGAGAUUGAAUAUGCGAUUAAAGAGGGAUACAGAUAUCAAAAGAAGAACACAGAUAUGAGGGGAUAGGGGUGUUGCUGCUAGCAUAAUUCCAACUCUCUCAAACAAGGUGACAAAUGAAAUCUAGUUUUCUCCUAGUAUUUUUGUCCUACUGUUCUUGUUGGCACUUUGACAAUUAAGGAUGGUCCAUGUAAAAAGAGUUGGGGUUUUAUUUA